AUUUCAUGGAAGUCGAUUCCUCUGUACCAAGGAAACAUAGAUUAGUCCUGAAGAGGUCAAGGCUACUUUCUUGUAGGAAUUCCAUGCAUGGAGGCCGAGGCAAGGCCUCCAGAGCUAGGAACCAUAAGAGAAUCAGUUCACUGCUUAAUAAAAGAAUCUCAAUGAAUACUAUUAGUCAUUCAAAGAAUAUCAGCCCAAAGAAAAGCACAGUCUUUGGAAGAGGUCCAUCUGAAGCGGAGUUCCACGCUAAAGUCAAGAAGCGUUUCUUCUCUCAUGACCAGAAAAGACUCUUUUCAUACCAUGAGGAAACAUACACUCAUGGAUGUGAUCAAUCGGACUCUGAGUUACUCCAAGAGCUGCUUAUCCUUCUAAACUGAAAUCAAAUAAUUGAUUUCAUAAAGUAUUUUCAAAGAAGUAAGGAGCAAAGCAUUCUAAGUCCUUCAAAUUCCGACACAAAAGCUGAAGAAUUCUACAAAUAAAAUCUUAAAAUCCUCAAUGAAGAAGUUUAAAUUUGAAAAACAGAACACUUCUCAGCGAAUUACCAAAACAGGAAGUGUAAAGAAGAGGCCUGAAAUUAAAGAGCCACCUGUUGUGACUACCUACACCGAGAGGAAGAAGCGGGAGGAAGAGCAAGAGAUUGCCAAUCGGCUCAAAGAAAUCCAGAAGGAACACCAACUGAAUUUUAAAAGGAAAUUGGACCUGAUGAACACUAAAAUUGAUAAUAUUGAGAUGAACUAUGACUCUUUGAAAGCUAAUAGAGACGAACUUGCCCUUACAGCUGUCAAUAAGCAAGAGGUCGAUCUCGUCCAAUCCAACAGGGCAAGCAUUGAAGGCAUCUUAACUUCUAUCGAUAGCCAUGAUGAAAUAUUUAGGGAUUUAGACAACUACGCACUUGGGCCAUGGAAGACACUCAGAGAGUUUGAGAAAUCCCUUAGGCAAUCCACCCAGUUCUAUAUUCUCCAGUAUAGCAAGAUGGAUAGCUUCUAUAGACGACAAAUAGAAACUAUUAGAUCUAAAUGCAGUUUUAGGGAGGAAGCCUUUGAACAGGCUCUCUUGCAGCUCAAACUUAAGCACAGACUUGAAAUUGAGCAAUAUCAAAUGGAAAGAGAAAAUGUAGAAUCACAAUUCACUGCAUUUAUACAGAACGGAGGCGAAGAUGACCUCAACCGUAUUAUGCUGAGAAAUCGAAGAAAUGAGCUUGAUUCCCACUCAACAGCACUUGAAGUGAUUGAUGAGCUUGAAAAAGUUAUCAGAAAUUUACAAAUUCGAUUAAAAACAGCUCAAAAUGAGCAAGUCAGGUUUGAAAGAGAAGCUACCAAGGCGAUAAGAGAGAAGGAUCUUGCUAAUAACACUCUUGGCUCAAUUAGAAGCUUCAAGUUGAUGUAUCUGGAGCAUCUCCUGACAAUAGCAUCAAAGGUGACUAAAUCAGAUAAUAACUAUACACAAAUUUUUAAGAAAAGUAAACUCGACCAGGAUACUAAAGUUGUGAAAUAUUUCGAAGAGAGUAACAUCAUCGAUGAUUGUGUUGGAAUUGCAAAGGGAUAUGAAAUAAUGAAGGACUUCAUCAACAACAUGAAAUCAGAACUCGCUAAUCUAGGGAUCCUCCCUCCACUUUCUAUUCCCAACCCGAAUAAAUUUGUCUCUCAGAAGAUAAUAAUUACAGGAAAGGUCUGUAGAGGUCUUUAUGAAAAAUGGAGUGAUCCAAAAAUAACAGAGAUAGUCUAUAAAUCUGCUAAAGAAUACUUCCAGAAAAUGAGAGGUAUUUCUAAAUAGGACUACAAUGAAAUAUGGGGCUUCAAUGGCUUCCUCUCCUGACUCAAUCUCGCAAGCUUCCACGUUCAUGUUAAAAAGCAGUACUUUCAAGGCGAAAAUGUCAAAGUCUAAAUAACCACAAAAAGAGUGCAAAUAAGUCUAAUAUUAAAAAGUCCUUGGCAAAACUCUCUGAAAAUGUAAUCCCUAAUGCCUCAAAACUGAGUGCAAAAUACGCCUCUGAAAUAUCAGCUAGCAAGGAAUUCAAAGACCUCAAAUUUGAUGUGUACGAUACAGACUCUUUGUCUAAAUUUUGAAGGAAGCAUGCCAAUAUUAAACAGUUUGAGAUAUCCACCUCGAAUAUUAUCGAAGCCUUCAACUUUAUUAACACAACUAUUUUGCAAGAAGUCCAUACCAACAAAGACAGAAAUUUUGAGAAGUUGUCAAUACCUGUGAAUGAAUUAGUCAUACCAGUUUAUGAUGAACGACAGAUUUUGACUCAUUUUGAGUUGAAUCCUACCCUGAUGAAGCUUGCUUACAUGCGGGAUUACCGUAACACAGACACAAUUAGAGAAGGAAUCCGUUUGAUGAUCCUCCUAAACAGGGUUUACCUCCAUGACAAAACUCUAGCAACACAAAACUCAGAUAGCACUGGAGGAGUUGAUAUAGCAUACAGGAUGAAGACCAACAAAGAGUGCCAGACAGAAUAUAAUGAUUUAAUCAGAAAUUUCAUGAGGCGGAAUUUACUCUUCUUAAAAUCUCAUAUUGAUUCUAUUCCUUUAGAGUCUAUUACUGAACAAUACAAGGACUCUAACGAUGAAGAUUUAAUCUUCAUGGAAUUCAGGAAUAUCCAAAGCCGUGUGAAGCCAGAUAUCAAGUCUGAACAAACUCUGAAUGAGGAAGUCAACACAUUCAGUCUUCUUACGAAGCUGUUUGAUAGCCUCAAAAAUCGGAUAAAUGAAAUUAUGGAGAAUGAGGGAGAGAUCUCUCUUGAUUCCCUCUUUGAUUACAACAAAAUUUACAAGGAAGAGAAGGAUAAUGUCAGCAUCUUCACAGAUGAAGGCAAUGAUAACUGCUUUGACACUGAGCGGAAGAAGAUUAAGGCUAAAUAAGCUGAAACCCGUCCUUAAAAGAGCCCUCUUAGAUCUUAAGAUUAAGGGCAGAAUCGACACUGGGGACUCCAUCUUGAAUACUUUCCUAGGUUUCUUCCUCAAUGAGGAUCCAAAGAAGAUAAUUCUGUUGGUUGAUAGCUUCUGCUCACUUGCCAAAAAUCUACCGAAAAAGGAAAUGAUCAACCUUCAUUUUGGCAGUGAUGAGAUUAGUGAAGUAUCUUUAUCCAGUGGAAAAUCUUUAAAAGAGGAAGAUCGAGAAAAACUGAUCUCACUUAAGUUGCAAUCAAUCGACGAGGUUAUCAAAAGGUCUGAGCGAAUGAAAGGCAGGAAGAACUUAAAUCGCAAAAAGCGUCAAUCCUCAAAGCCUAACUCUAAGCCACGCCUUUUUAAUAACUCUGUUCUUCAGAAGAAACUUGCUAAUGAGACGAUGUCAAAUAGACUGAAGAUUAAUAAGUUCAUUAACAAAGAAACUCCACGUAGGAAAGUUUCCCGGAAAAAUUCAGUGCUAUCUGUCGAAACCGAUGACGAUGUGAACCUGCACAAAUAUUUGUUCACCAGGAAGAAGACUUUAAUAUCAUCUCCAAUGGCGAAAGUAAAUCUGAAUAAGACUCAAAAUUUUUCACAAAGAAUACAGAAAAGGAGAAGUUCUAUAAACACACAAAGAAGUACCAAGUUGUAAGGAAUUUACUCAUAUCUUGCCUUCUUAGUGAGCUUUGAAAUUGAGAGCAAGAGGGAGAUGGGAUCAAGAUCUGUCUGAGUUAAAAGGCUUAGGUGGUCUUAUUUAUAAAAUCA